GUUUUUAUUUAAUACAAUGUAGUAGAUUGUAUAAAUUCAACAGGAGUAUGUGUUUCUAUGAACAAAAGAAAUCCGCAAAAGGAGAAGAAAAAGAAAAUGCAAACAAUGCUCUCUCCUAAGGAUGUUACCCAAAAAUUGCAAGAUUCAAUUAAUGGUACAGAUAUUAAUUGUGACAGUGGUAUACAUACUAAUCACAAUCACCAACAUCCGUCAGUUCACAUUGGCCAGCAGUUAAAACACAUCUCGCUAACACGACGUGAAACUAAUAGCAGCAAGAACAAUGAAAUGAGCUGGUCUAGUGGUGCAAAUAUGAAUGACGGAUGUCCUAAUAAUAUACGACGAAAAACUUCGUUACACUAUCAGCAAAAAUUGAUGACUAACAAAGAGUCAAACACAGAGGAGCCCGAACAUGCUAAUAUUAAUUCAAAAGAGUUAUUUUUAAACCAUUCCAAAUUGCCAACCCCGACAAUUGAACGCUAUGAGGACACGCUGAGUUGUUGUCUUCCACCUCCUUCUCCGGCCCCUAACAGUGAUCAUUUUGUAAGUGAUACAUGCAUAGUUACUUCGUCCAAGACGGCAUCAGACAUACAACCUAAACUGCAUCAUCAACUACCAUUUCCCUCGUCGAAUUCCACCAGCGCUCUAACGACUAAUUCUUUGCAUGGUGGGAAUAGUUGUUCUGCCUCGAAUGUAAUGAAAUCUACUAUCAACAGUGCCAGUGGCAUUAGUAUAUCAGUAACGAGUGCGUGUGGCACACCAAGUGUUCAUCAACCCUCACAUAAAUAUUCAUCGUUCAGCCAUUCCUUAUUGGGAAAUUUCAACGUGGCAGAGCCAAUCGCGCAAAGACCUGCUUCACCGAGUUCGAACCGAUAUCGUCUAGCGGAACGUUAUCGUGAUAGUGCACAGUCUCUUAAUUGCAGUUCAGGAUCUACUGCAGCCCGCUAUGCACCAUCAACAAUGUAUUUUCUGGGUCAAGGUACCACUCAUAUGGUAGCUGGGGACACAUAUUCUUAUAUGUCCUCUACUGUGCAUACACCAAUUAAACGCUAUGUGCCAACACCACCCCCACACAAUGAAUUCUAUCCAACUGAAACUAAUGGAAAUCUUCUUCAUACUCCAGCAGCUUCAUCGGUUAUGUCAAAAUGCGACAGUAAUAAUAGUAGUGACGGUAAUGAUGUUGAAAUUAAUGUUACAAACACUACGAACUUUGCAGUAACCACCCAACAUUUAAGUACCCUGCCUAUUCGCGUGGGCAUGCGCAUUAGAUGUUGUUCUAGUGAAACUACUGGUGGUGAUCUUGAACAGGCGUUGAUGCAAACGCAACCGUUAAAUACAAACCAAUCCUUGACCUCUGCUGACUUAUAUAGUACAUCGCCUCGUUUACAAACUUCAAAUGUUUACAAUAAUGGUUCUCUAAAAAUGAAUGCUAACAGCGCUAACUUCACUGUCGUAUCAUCGGCAUUACAAACCACAUCUAGUUCUUUAAUAGGUGGCAAAGACUCUCCUUCAAUGAACUUACACGAUCAGCAACAACAAAUCUCUCUUAAACGAAGACAUAGUCAAAAUUUUAACAACAGCAUCUCUUCGUCCAACUAUAUAUCAAGUGCCCUAAGCUCGUUGUCGCCUACUUUGGUAGUAAAUGAUAUUGCCAAUCUCGCUCGGCAUACAACAUCACGUACUACGCCCUGUCUUCUCAAUGAUUUUAACGAACAUCCGAAAAAUCAUGCUUUGGAUUAUGUCAGCACUUUACAACCCGACGAUCCUGCCGCUAACUGGAAAAAUAAUAUUAAUAAUGGUAUAGGCAAUGGCAGUACAUUGCCUGCUACCUGCAUGCAUUGUAAAACCGUACGUCGCACUACUGGUGUGCAUCAAACUACGCAGACUACGGGACCUAUAAGUCCAAUACCAAUGUUAACGUCAACUCAACCAACAAUUCAUGCGAAUAAUCGCGUCCCGGUAAACUUGGUAGGCGGCGUUGCAAUGAAUCUGUUAGGAUCUAACGACCAAUCAAACUUUAAUUACGUUUUAUCACCUUCAACAACAGAAUCUCAUAUUUCGCCCUUAACUCCGCAGGGCGCCAAUGCAAUUUCUGCUACUUUACAGCAGCCACAGCAAGCAGAGCGCCUAUUAAAUAAAAAAACGAAUGUAUUUAAUCAUCAACAGCACCAACAAUAUUCCGAAAUCAAGUCUAAUAAUCAUGUAUUAACUACACCCGACCACCUAAUGCAUUUAGAACAGCAGCAGGUCACAUCAGCGCAAAUUAUUUCAAACAGUGCGGGACAUAUGAACGCUGUACAGCAAUUACAAGUCCAACAGCAACCAACAGCUGUAGCGCCUCAAUCAUCGAAGCACCAACGGGUUUCGACGAAAAGACGUUUAACAUGCUAUGUCCAAAAGAAAAUUUCGCGAUUUUUUGGAGUCAAUUUGGCGACAGAAAUCCACGACUAUGCCUUAUGGCAAAGUCGGCAACGACGGUUAGCCUUAAGACGAUUUGGAACUCUGAAAACUGAUAGUGAAUUGCAAGACGAUUUCAAUGAUGUAUGUAGUGUAACAAACGAUGUUGGACGAAAUACUCUCUCAAAUAAUGGUGGUGGAUUAGAUAUUGAAAUACAAUUUCCCCAACAUCAUCAAUAUCACCACCAUCAUUACCACCAUCAAAUUUAUGAGAGGCCGGACAUCUUGCCAGCACGUGACGCAGACGAAGAAAAUAUUGGAUCCAUUAGACAUCAUCAUCAGCAUUCUUACUUCAACAUUAAUUUUCACUUAGGAGAUAAUGUCGAGCGGAAGGCAUCAGUCGCAUCCAUGUUGAUAUCUAGCUUCAGCUAUGUCGUACACGCCAUUAAUAAUCAUCAACCACGACUUUUCCAAAGGCAGUGGUCACGUAGCUUUUUACCCGCCCAUGUUCAACAGCAUAUUAGCAACGAUCUUGCAGGCGAUAACAAUUGCAAUAUUAUAUAUGAUGAUAUUGUUGCCUUACAAGAGGACGAAAUAUUUUAUGAUUCCUCUCAAAUCACUGAACAGAUCGCUUCUUCCGCUAUAAAUCAAUGUAGCGAGAAUAACUUUACUGAGGAGAACAGUGGGGCUAAAAGGCGUUCCGUCUCAAGUAUUUCCCGCAGAACGGAGAGACAAUUGUACCUAGCGGAACGGGUGAACGGUUGGCGUAUUAAUGCUAUGUUUGAUACAAGCGAUAAAAUAUCGCAUUCAAAUUCUCAACCUAUAAACAAUACCCAGCAACAACAACAAUUAUCAUCACAUCGAACCUCUUUGAUGCAAACCCAGAAGCAAUUGCACCAUACAAAUGGCAUUCGCGCUUGCCGUAUCUCAUCCCAAUUGUUAGACAGCGUGUUGGAGAAUUCGCGACGUCCGAUAGAACGACGAGUUAAGUUAUUUUGCAUCAAUGAUUUAGAUGAUCGCACUGAUCAUCGCCCGUUUUUCACUUACUGGAUAAAUACUGUGCAAAUUAUUGUGCUGACCCUUUCACUGUUGUGCUAUGGUAUUGGUCCAAUUGGUUUUGGCAUUGAACAUCGAACGGGACAGGUACUAGUAACCAGCCUAAGCUUACAAACAGUGCAGCAUAAUGAACAACGUAAUGUUUGGAUAGGGCCACGGAAUAACGACUUAGUUCACAUGGGCGCUAACUUCGCCACUUGCAUGAGACGCGACGUUAAAAUAAUGGACAUAAUGAGUAAAACACGCAGGCAAGAGCGUGAGACAGCAUGCUGCAUACGUAAUGAUGACUCAGGCUGCGUCCAAAGUUCACAAGCUGACUGUUCUGUGCGUGGUCUUUUCCCAACGAAGUCAAUAUCGACAUGGAAAAAGUGGUCGCCGGGGGACUCCGGACCGGGCGGGCGUAUUUCAGGUUCUGUUUGCGGACUUGAUCCAAAAUAUUGCGAUGCCCCUGCUUCUAUAGCACCCUAUGAAUGGCCGGAUGAUAUUACCAAGUGGCCAAUAUGCCGCAAAACUAAUUCAUUCUCGCAGCGUUUUCGGUUCAAAGACCACACUGCUGAGCACAUGGUAUGCGAAGUUAUCGGACAUCCUUGUUGUACCGGUGUGUAUGGUGAAUGUCGCAUCACAACUAGAGAAUAUUGCGAUUUUGUUAAUGGUUACUUUCACGAAGAGGCGUCCUUGUGCUCACAGAUUUCAUGUUUAAGCAAUAUAUGCGGAAUGUUUCCUUUUGUAAACAUUGAAGUGCCAGAUCAAUUUUAUCGCUUAUUCACAUCUUUGUGCAUACAUGCGGGAAUUUUGCAUCUAGUGAUAACAGUGGUAUUUCAACAUUUCUUUUUAGCCGACUUGGAACGUUUAAUGGGCCCUCUGCGGACUGCUAUUUUAUAUAUUGGGUCCGGUCUUGCAGGAAAUUUAACUAGUUCCAUUCUAGUGCCAUACAAACCAGAGGUGGGCCCUUUAGCUUCGUUGUCUGGAGUGACGGCAGCCCUAGUUGUGUUGCUAACUUUUACGCAUUGGAAACAAUUGCGUAAACCACAUCUUGCAUUAUUCAAACUGCUAAUAAUUUGUGGUUUUCUGUUAAGUUUGUGCUCGUUGCCUUGGCAGUCGAAUUUCACGGGCUUAUUGGCGGGUACUUGCUGUGGAAUAUUUCUCACGAUGGCUUUGGUGCCGUUUGUAAGCAUCAAUAGAUAUCGACGUAAGCCAAAGAUUAACAUAAUUUGGUCUUGCAUCAUCUUUCAUAUGGUAAUCUAUACUACGAUGUUGAUUACUUUCUAUAUGUUUCCUAUGGAAUUGACUAAACUGAAUUUGGUCGAUGUGCUGACGAGCACAACAGAUAAAAGUAGUAUGAUUAAUACACGUGGCGACAUUAUAAGUGGCAGUUCUGAUGGAAUGAACAGCAAUAACAAUCGUCAUUCGUUUAUGCCGCAACAGCAACAUCAUCAUCAUCACCAAUCAAAUGAUAUUAUUAGCAACAGUGUGUCUGCAGCAUUUGCAGCAGCUGUGUUGUCACUGUUUAAUAGAGAAACGAAUGCGAAACUGAGUACUUAUCCACAAUCGAACUAUUCCUUAACUUAAAUAUUAUUUAACGAAAAGAGUUAAAAUAUCAUAAUACUUAUUGCUCUGAAGUUAGGGCUAUGUAGCAGUCUUACGAACUUUCUAAGGGUACGCGGAAUCAUCUCAAUUCGCAAGGUAUCAUAUGACAGUAACGCA